GCAGCUGACAACUCUGAAGGUCCACGACUUGAUAUAAAAAAGUUGCUGAUAUCAGAGUGAGAGCUACUCUGUGACUGACUCUGUCUCUUACAGGAUGAAGACCCUCGAGAUGCUGCUUCUCAUGGCUGCAGGCCUCUCUGUUGCCUGCUCACUGGACUACAAGGCUCUGAACCAGUUUCGGAGUAUGAUUGUGUGUUUGAGGCCUGACAGCUGGCCGGUGUUUGACUACGCUGACUACGGCUGCUACUGUGGGCUGGGAGGAUCUGGCAAACCUGUGGAUGACCUGGACAGGUGCUGCCAGGUCCAUGACCAGUGUUACAGUGACUCCAUGCAGCACCCUGACUGCUGGCCCAUCCUCGACAAUCCCUACACUGAGUUCUAUGAAUACGACUGUGACGAGACUAACAAGGUGGUCACCUGUGGCAACAAUAACACCGAGUGUGAGAUGUUCAUCUGUGAGUGUGACCGGAAGGCCGCGGAGUGUUUUGCUAAAUCACCUUGGAACCCUGAACACGAGCACCUGCCCAGCGAAUUCUGUCAAUAAACACUGAUAAUGCU